CCGCGGCAGUUCCUUAAACAGAACGGAGCUUGCUGCAUUCACAGAAUUCUCUCUGCAAGAGGUAGAAGUGCUGUCUUUGGCAUCCGCAAGCCCUGGAAUCGGUCAGAUGAACAGGAGAAUAUUAUAAACCUAAAAGGAAUCCGACUCAUGUGUCUAUAAAAUAUUUGGAGUUUUCCCUGAAAGGGGUUGGUUAUUGUUGCAGCCUGAAGUUGUAAGUGGACAGUUUCGGGGUUUUAAUUUGCCUGUCAAAAGUACUGCCGGAAUUGGACUGUGAACCAAAGAGCAUCCUGCAGGACAGGACUUUGGUCUUUACAAAAAGAACUGAGGAAGUCCCAGAAUAACAAACGCUGCUUACAGAUGUGGUUGGGAAAGUUUGUGAAAGAGACAUACAGCACGAUAAGUAUACAGUGCAUGUUGGGAUAUGACGAUGGUGAUGUGAUUUGGUGAAGUGAGCAUCCUCACCCCUGUGGGUGCUGGAGAACAAUGCGGCAUUCUCUUGCCAUGACGAUUGGCAUUCUUUCUAGAGCCCUUCUAUUUAUGUGUUGCCUGAUGGGUGUCCUCUGCAAUCCCACAAUCCCCCUGCAAAUGAGCCAGGAGAGGCUGGAGCGUGCCUUGACUCAAAGUAAAGAGGACCAAGCUUCCAAAAGUGGGCUAAGCCAGGCCACUCAGGAACGUCUGGAGGAGAUCAGCAGAAUGGGAAGAGAUGAAGUGAACAAGCAGGGAAAGACCAAAGGGAACAAGACUAGCUUUAGCAAAGGAAGAAUGGGGUGGAGUAGUCAGGACACUGGGUCCAAAAGUGAGAAACAACAGGAGCAGCAAGAGGUAUCCCUAGAACAAAUGGAUGAGGGCCCCACCAGUGAAUCCAAUGUAACCCCUGACAGUCUAGAUGAGUACGCCUACCCUGACUAUCGUGGCAAGGGUUGUGUGGAUGAGAGUGGCUUUGUGUUUGCCAUCGGUGAGAAGUUUACUCCAGGCCCAUCCACUUGCCCUUGCCUGUGUACUGAAGAAGGGCCACUAUGUGCCAAACCGGAGUGCCCCAAAGUCCACCCCCGCUGUAUCCGAGUGGACACCAGCCAGUGCUGCCCACAGUGCAAAGAGAGAAAAAACUACUGCGAGUUCCGAGGAAAAACCUACAAGUCCCUUGAGGAGUUUAAGGUGUCUGCCUGUGAGAAGUGUCGCUGUGAGUCCAGUGGUGAAGUGCUGUGCACAGUGUCUGCCUGUCCACAGACUGAGUGCGUCGACCCUGAGUAUGAGCCUGACCAGUGCUGCCCUAUCUGCAAAAGUGGACCAAACUGUUUUGCGGACAACGCUGUGAUACCAGCUGGCCGAGAGGUGAAAAUUGAUGACUGCACAAUUUGUUACUGCACAUAUGAGGAAGGCACGUGGAGGAUUGAGCGCCAGGCUACCUGCAGCAAAAACGAAUGCAAGCCAAGCUAGAAGGCAGG